UCUCGGCCCAGUUGGCAGGUCGCCUCCGGGAGCGCGGAGCUACUCCUCGCUCGCGCCCUCGGCACUCCUCGCUCUCCUGAGCCCCGCUGGGGCACCGACCGGCGCCCUCGCUGAGUGGCUGCGGGCUCCGGCCUGGCCGUGGGAUGUUAGCGGUGGGGGCGAUGGAGGGCACCCGGCAGAGCGCGUUCCUGCUCAGCAGCCCGCCCCUGGCUGCCCUGCACAGCAUGGCCGAAAUGAAGACCCCGCUGUACCCCGCAGCGUACCCCCCAUUGCCCGCCGGCCCCCCCUCCUCCUCGUCCUCCUCGUCCUCCUCGUCGUCGCCCUCCCCGCCUUUGGGCGCUCACAACCCAGGCAGCCUGAAGCCCCCGACCGCGGGGGGGCUCUCAUCCCUGGGCAGCCCCCCACAGCAGCUCUCAGCCGCCACCCCCCACGGCAUCAACGACAUUCUGAGCCGGCCCUCCAUGCCUGUGGCCUCGGGGGCCGCCCUGCCCUCCGCCUCGCCCUCGGGUUCCUCCUCCUCCUCUUCCUCGUCCACCUCCGCUUCCUCUGCUUCGGCAGCUGCCGCGGCGGCCGCGGCCGCUGCAGCCGCCGCCUCAUCCCCAGCGGGGCUGCUGGCUGGCCUGCCCCGCUUCAGCAGCCUGAGUCCGCCGCCGCCGCCGCCUGGGCUCUACUUCAGCCCCAGCGCAGCUGCCGUGGCCGCCGUAGGUCGGUACCCCAAACCGCUGGCCGAGCUGCCCGGCCGGACGCCCAUCUUCUGGCCAGGAGUUAUGCAGAGCCCACCCUGGAGGGACGCCCGCCUGGCCUGCACCCCUCAUCAAGGAUCCAUUUUGUUGGACAAAGACGGGAAGAGAAAACACACGAGACCCACGUUUUCUGGCCAGCAGAUCUUCGCUCUGGAGAAGACUUUCGAACAAACGAAAUACUUGGCGGGGCCCGAGAGGGCUCGCUUGGCCUAUUCGCUGGGGAUGACGGAGAGUCAGGUCAAGGUCUGGUUCCAGAACCGCCGGACCAAGUGGAGGAAGAAGCACGCGGCGGAGAUGGCCACGGCCAAGAAGAAGCAGGAUUCGGAGACCGAGCGGCUCAAGGGGGCCUCGGAGAACGAGGAGGAGGACGACGACUACAACAAGCCUCUGGACCCCAACUCGGACGACGAGAAAAUCACGCAGCUGCUGAAGAAGCACAAGUCCAGCAGCGGCGGCGGCGGCCUCCUGCUGCACGCGUCCGAGAACGAGAGCUCGUCCUGAGCGCCCGCCGCCCCCAGGCGCCUGCCGGGCCUCUGGCCUCGGGCGUCCGACCCGGGGACCGCGCGCGCCCCGCCUGCCCGCCCCUCGGGGCCCUGAGGACCCGGCCCCGCCCGCCGGGGCCCUUUGCUAUUUUCUGAGAUGUACA